GUGAAGUGUCUGCGUGCAGUUGUUCACAAUGUAGUGCUGAUCGACAGGCCUAUUCUUUUGUGAACAGCAGAUGGCGCUGUUAAAGCAUCACCUCUGUGCUGCGCUGCUCCUAAUGGAGUUUGUGCUUCUAGCUGCAUCUGAAAGUAGCUGUCCAGCUUAUGCUGGGGUGCCGGGCACACCUGGACACAACGGCAGCCCUGGCAGAGAUGGAAGAGACGGGUUUCCUGGACCGAAAGGGGAAAAAGGAGAUCCAGGAGUUGGUGCACAGGGACCCCCAGGGAAAAUAGGACCCGUGGGUGUUGUUGGCCCUAAAGGAGACAAAGGAAAUCCAGGUCUGCCAGCUACUGGUGUUCAAAGUGCAUUAGUACUACAACUUCAAUCAGAUGUCAAAUACCUAACUGACAGACUCGCUGCAGUAGAGAAAGUCCUAGGAUUUCAAAUGUUCAGGAAACUGGGACAGAAAUAUUAUGUGUCCGAUGGGCUAAAGGGAACUUUUGAAAAGGCACAGAGGUUCUGCUCUGACGCUGGUGCUAAAAUUGUCCUGCCAAGAAGUGAAGAUGAGAACAAAGUUCUAACAUCAUUGCAAGCUGCCCUCGAGUCUACUUACAUAUAUGUUGGUGCAACUGACAGACAGAAAGAAGGGCAUUUUGUAGAUAUGAAUGGCCAACCUUUAACUUUCACCAACUGGAAAGAAAAUGAGCCAAACGAUCAUAAUGGGGCAGAGGACUGUACAGUUAUUUACAAAAAUGGUGUAUGGAAUGAUAUUAACUGUAGUUCCGAGUAUCAUGUGGUGUGCGAACUGUAAAACAGAUUAUGAAUUGUUAUUGCUCUGAUGUUUGAAUGAUAAAUGAAUAAAGAAAAUCUUAUAAACUGAG